CCUGCACCUUCCCCUCUCUGUGCCAAGCUUCUUACAGAGCCCAAGCCUCUGGGCCUCUUUCACAGGUGGGUUUCCUAUUCCCGGUGGGAUCUACAGGCAGUUAUAAAUGCGGCUCGGGGGAGGCAGAGGGGAGCGGCGCUGGGCCGGGGAAACAGAGCUAUGCUGGGGACCGUCCUGCUGCUGCUGGCGCUGGCCAAGCCGGUGAGCCCGGCCGGAGCCGAGAGCCGGAGAGCUGAGGCGCUGAAGAGGCUCCUGGAAGUCUUUGGCAUUGAAGACCCUCCGCCCCCCCCGGCUCACGUCAAGCAACCGCCCCAGUACAUGGUGGAUCUGUUCAACACCGUCGCCAACGCGGAUGGAGUCACCAAGAACCCCGACAUCCUGGAGGGCAACACGGUCCGCAGCUUCUUGGAUAAGACCCAGAGCGAGGACAUGCGGUUCCUCUUCAUCCUCUCCAGCGUGGCCAAGAGCGAGAAGAUCCUGACAGCAGAGCUGCACCUCUUCCGCCUCUGGCCCAGGGUCACCGACGGGCCCAAAAGGCACCACUUGUGCCAGGUCAACGUCUACCAAGUGCUGGAGGGGAGCGAGGCGGCCGCGCCGGGGGGCAGGAAGCUGCUGGCGGCCAGGCUGGUCCCGCUGCAGGGCUCGGGCUGGGAGGUUUUCGCCAUCACUCAGGCUGUUAUCGACUGGACUGAAGAUGAAAGCAGCAACCAGGGUUUGCUGGUGACAGUGCAGGGGCUGGGGGGCAGUCCCCUUGAGCCCCCUUCGCUGCAGUUUGCAUCUGGCAGGGACCACCACGAGAGCAAGAAGCCAAUGUUGGUCCUGUUCACAGAUGAUGGGCGCCGGGGAGCAUCUCCUGCCAUGGCCGGCUUCCCAGAUCCCCAGCCUCAGGCCCCCAUCGUCCCCCCCAAGCUGUCAGUGCCACGCAGCACACGCUCGCUGGACCGGCUCCAGCCCUGCCAGAGGCACCCCUUGUCUGUGGACUUCGAGGAGAUCGGCUGGUCAGGCUGGAUCAUCUCCCCCCGGGGGUACAACGCUUACCACUGCAAAGGCUCCUGCCCCUUCCCGCUGGGAGAGAACAUGCGCCCGACCAACCACGCUACCGUGCAGUCCAUCAUCAACGCGCUUAAGCUGAGCGAGGGGGUGAGCAGCCCCUGCUGUGUGCCUGACAAGCUCUACUCCAUCAACCUCCUCUACUUCGAUGACGAUGAGAACGUGGUCCUCAAGCAGUACGAUGACAUGGUGGCCGGGAGCUGCGGCUGCCACUGA